GGAUCGGGGUUGUAGGGUCGCUGAGCGCCGUUCACCGACGCCCCUGGGAGAAACAGACCGGAGUACGCGGGUGGCGCGGAGCACGAGAAACAACGAGAUUCUGUCUAGAUCGUGGGGGACCCAAGGCCGGGGUUGCGUCCGAGGUCGGGGAUGGAGAGGACGCGACCCCCGCGGCAGUCGAGAUGGUCUUUUUUAAAUUCUGUAUUUGAGAAGGAGUCUCGCGCUGUCGCCCAGGCUGGAGCGCAGUGGCACGAAAUCGGCUCAUUGCAGCCUCGACGUCCAGGACUCGAGCGAUCCUCCCGCCUCAGCCUCUCGAGAAGCAGCACAAGAGUAAGACAGUGACAAAGGUACUCACCUGUACAAAGGAAGAAGCCUCAAAAGAAGCCAUUCAUGUAUGGGGUGGGACUGCAGAAGGACCACAGUAGAGAAUCCCUCACCAAUAAGGAGCUGUGUGAAUCAGGAGUGGCCAGAAGGCUCCUCUCCAGGCCUCACGGGGGGAAACACUGGUCUAAUGAGAGACCUGGGUCCUGCCCAUCGGGACCGAAGUGGCACGUGCGAGGACCCUGCAAGCCAAGAGACAACAGUGAUUACAAACCCCAGCCCCAGCCUUGCAGCUGACCUUGCAAGUGACGCCCUACCUGGGUGUCUCGGUGCAGCUGCACAUCAGGGGCCUCUGCUGGACAGAAGCUCUGAGUCCACACUCAGCCCCCAGGCGCUGGAGCUGGAGCACUACUACGAGAGGGGAUGCUGCCGUGGCUGCGCCAGCUUCAGCCCUUUCCCUGCACCGAGAUGUCCCAGCGAGCAGCUGGGUGCUCACAGUUUCCGUUGGGCCAUCAGAGGAAGAUCAAAGAUCAACCCUCCCCCAUGGGCUCCUGCCUGCCUGCCAGGUGGGCUUCCUGCCUGUCUCCCGGCCCCCAAGAGCUCCGGGGACUCUGCCGGUAGCUGCUUUAAAGGAGGGAGGGAGUUUUCUGAUCCUCUGGACAUCCCUGGGGCUGGAGCUAUAUGGGCUGAGCCAUGGGAGAGCCAGUCCAGCUCCCUGGGGGUUGGGGGCUGUGUCCCUCCAUCCCUUAGUAAAAAUACAGCAACUCCCAACUCAGAGUCGAGGGUCAAUAGUCAGAAAACCUUGGUGCAGCCUCGGACAGGCAUAGAGGUCUCAGCAGAGCUGCCCAAGGACAAGACCUAAGAUCCAGCAGGGAACUAUGUAGUCACCCCUGAGAGGCCCAGCUCUCUCCCUGAGCUCUGAGCCUAGGGUGGGGGUGGUUGUCUGUUCUGCAUGCACUGUUCACCCUAUGUGAUGGGUCCAUCCCACUUAGCUUCUCCCACUCGCUUCCCUCCUGUGGAGAAGCUUGUUCAGGUAUCACUGCCUCCAGGAAGCUGUCUCUGAUUUCUCCAGUUGAACAGUGAGAUUUGCCACACCUCACAUGCAUCGCUCUUGUCCCUGGAAUUGUAACCACAGGUUUUCCUGUCUCCCGGAGGACAAGGAUGAGGGCUUUCCACUUGAGUCUCCCUGGUGGAGCCCAGCUCCUGACAUACCUGGUGAAAGUUCUCAAGAGAAGAACAUGGAGGAGGAAUGUGGAUAACAACCCUGGCUGCCUGCGUGUUCCGAGCUAGGAAGAUGUAAUGUCCCCACAAACGGGGUGAAUGGCUUGCCUGCGUCACAGCUUUGUCUCAAGCCCAGGCCCUGGGUGCCAGCCCGAGCCCGAGGACUAGGUCCAGAGCCACACAGCGCCAGGCCACAUCCGCCUCACCUGGGACCCUUUGUGGGGUACAGUCUCCAGCCCCACCCGGACCUGCUGAGUGAGAGACCCCACGGCAGGACUCAGCCACCUGCAGUUUCACGGGCCCCCAGUGGGUUCCUCGGCAUGAAGACCACCAGUUAGAGGCUGAACUGGCAGGAACCUGUCUCCAGCCCCUCCUCACCCCAGCCUGACCCUGCCUCAGAGGCGGCACCCAGGACGUGGCCAUGACCCGUGGACUCCACUCAAUCCCUCUUCUCCAGGAGCCAUGCAAAGUGUCAGCCAGCCAGGCCCCCGGAAGGCAGUCGUCACCUCUAGGGCGUUGCGGGUGUCAGUCCUGGAACUGCCAGUGCCAGCACAUGGCCCAUGUCCAGUGUUCAAUAGCAGGGAGCCAUGACCUGGCAACGAUUCCACGCUCAAAGGGGCACCCGGGGGGCCCUGGCGUCGGGGCAGAUCAGCUUUGCCAGGCACAUCGGCCUCAUUCCAGAUCUCCAGGGCUCGUGUCUGCGACAGGGAGGGAAGCCUCUGCCCUGGCCUUCCGUCAGCUCUGCCAGUGCAGGCUGGGCAGCCUGGGCUUUAGAGCUGGCUUCUGCCCACACUUUCUCCGUGAAAGGAAAACAACACUGAGGCUGCCAAACGCAUCUCAGAUGCAUUUUAAAAAUCCUGGUCCCCUCUCUCUGUCCCAUCGUCCGCCUUGGGGACCUCCUCUCUCCGUGGUUCUCACUCCACACUGUCAUUGCCACAUUUUCACCCGGGCCUGGCCUUUGUCUCCACCUGAAACGCCUGAAAACCUUGAAAUGGA